AUGGAGCAAAGAGAAAAAAGUUCAGAUACUGAGCAAGAAAUAAAAAGUGGCAAACACCAUCACUCUAGCUAUUCAUCUGAUUUUGGCACCACAACACAGUCUUCUGGCCAGACCUCUCUUGCCAGUACUUUACGAACAGAUUCUAGGGAAACAACUACUAAAAAACAAGUAUCAGAUAACCAAAUGCAUCAGCGAGCUCCUAGGAAACUAAGCCCUAAAGCUGUACCAAACAAAAAGGGCAGCCGAAUGCGAUUUUGCUCCCAGAAUCUCAAUAGAGAGCCACUGCGGAAAGAUCCUGAUCGUGUUACAAAACGCAUUCUCUCUGCAAGUCUGCUAAAAAUCAGUGCGUUGCAGAAGGAAGUAUGUGAACUCCAGGUCAAGAUAGCUGAGCUGCUAAAAGAAAAUAAGGCUUUGAAAAGGCUUCAGUACAGACAGGAGAAGGCCCUGAAUAAGUUUGAAAAUGAAAAUGAAAUUGCUCAACUUAUACUUCGUCAUAACAAUGAGAUUACAGUGCUCAAGGAACACUUAAGAAAAUCUCAAGAGAAAGAACGGGACACAGAAAAGAAAGCGAAAGACACUGAAGGUGAACUGUUUAGGACAAAGUGUUCUUUACAAAAACUGAAAAAGAUCUCAGAAGCCAGACACUUGCCUGAACGAGAUGAAUUGGCGAAGAAGCUAGUGUCAGCUGAGUUAAAACUAGAUGACACCGAGAGAAGAAUUAAGGAACUUUCAAAAAGCCUUGAGCUGAGUACGAACAGUUUUCAACGUCAGCUGCUUGCUGAGAGGAAAAGGGCAUAUGCGGCUCACGAUGAAAACAAAGUUCUACAAAAGGAGCUGCAAAGGCUGCACCACAAACUGAAGGAAAAGGAGACAGAAUUGGAUAUAAAAAAUAUAUAUUCUAAUCGACCACCCAAGUCCUCUCCAAAGAAAGAAAAAGAACUUGUUCCAAGAAAGAAUGCCGCAUGCCAGAGUGAUUUUACAGACCUGUGUACGAAGGGAGUACAAACCAGUGAAGAUUUUGGACAGGAAGAAUUUUCCAUUAUAACACAGACAAUUAUGAAUUACAAAAGCAAAGAGGAGAAAUCAGAACAUCUUUCUUUGAAUCUGGAGUCCCCAGAGCAAGAGGAACACAAGGAACCCACCGUUCUGCCUUCACCGGUAGAGGAAGAAGAGUCUGGUGAAGAUCAAGGAGAGCCCAUCGUAGAGCAGGAGGAGGCAAAGCUGGAGAGUGGAUGGAAGAGAGAAGAGGUUGACAAAGAGCAAGAUGAAAAGAUGCCUUUACUAGAAACAGAAGAAAAGCCAGAGUUGGAAACUGGACAGUGCCAAAUGGAAAUAUAUCAGCUUCAACAGGUUGACAAAUUGGAAGAAGAGGAAGAAGAAGUCAAGAGGGAAAUGCUCCUUGCUAAGAUGAACCAAAUCAACAAAAGACUCCAAGAUUCUCAGACCCCCCGGAGACAUCAUUCUGCACCCUUGUUCCCUGAGUUGGAAACAAAACUGUGCGCCCUGGUGAGAAGCACUAAAGCAAACGUGUCCCCUGAACCCUCUGAGAGAUCGUUCAAUGGACAUCAUUUGCAGGACAUCGGCUUUGCAACACCAAAAGGAGAUGCUCUGAAUUCAGGAAACAUUAGAAGUCCAGCAUCUCCAAAUGACUUUUCAUUUGGGAGUUACGUGCCUUCAUUUGUAAAAAUGUCAGGGAAGUCCAAUCCGUGUAGCCAAAAAAGUAGCCUUGUAGAUUUGCCAAAAGACAGUAUGGAUAACUCCAGUAAAGGCAGUGUGGACUUAAUCACAAGAAAGGAGAGAAAAGCUAACUUGAUGGAGCAACUAUUUGGCACUACUCCCAGCAGCUCCAUUUCUGCAAGGGGCAGCGACCCAGGCUCUCUGCCUACCAACAAAGGGGACUGUGACCCUCUGAAUUUUUGCCCAGGGGAGAAAAACAGCAGGGUUAGAGAACAGGAUGAAGAUGAAGACUUCCUCCUUGGUGAAGGAAGAAAUUUUAAUCCAAAUAGACACCGAUUGAAACAUGCAAAUAAUAAGCCAACUCUGAAAGCAUUUGAUUAUGUAGAAGAUGAAAUUGAAGAAGUAACACUGAGAUGA